UUGACGAGUCGCAGAUAUGCCCUUGUUGGAGUGGCAUGCUCUAGUAUCUUCAGCUGCUUAUGCAUCAUUGCAGGCAUUGUCACUUUAGCCAAUCACGGAGUCUCAGGAGUAACCAUGGUCAAUAAUGCUGACAAGGAUAUUCAGUUGAACAUGCUGGCGGAGAUAGUGGCCCUGAUACUAAACUUAAUCGUCACGUUAUGCACGGAGUCCAUAGGCUUCGUGCACGGCAUCUCAUUGCGCUCUGCACUAGCCUCAGAGUCUCGACUUCGUUUCAAUACCAAUCUGCACCUUUUAACCGCAGCUCGUGGGUGGUAUAGCCCUAACGGCGCCCUGCUUAAUGGUGUCUCGGCUGUCCUCCUCAUUGUAUCCUAUAGCUCAACCUCACUUGUCGUAUGUUUAAACUAUCAACCCGACCAAACGCUGCCAAUGACACCAAUAAUAAUUGAAUCUCCAGGCUUUGCCAUCACAGGGUUACCCCUCCUCUUUUUGGGUCUCGCACUCCUCCUCCAGGUGGUAAUUGCAUUGUUAGGGAUGCGGGCUGUCAAAAUCUUGACGUGGAGCUCCUCGCCUCUUGACCUGGCCGCAGCGCUGGUACACCACACACAAGUAACUCCGGUUGCUUUCCGGUGCAUGCGUUGUGUAUCUGACCUGGAUGCAGAUGGAGGUCCAGCGAAGCCGUCAGAGACACAGCCUGCUGCGUGGCAUGCUCACCCCAGCAUCCGAAAAGUAGUAAUUUUUCUUUGGGGGAUCGUUGUAGCAUGCGCUGGAUGGGCCGCACUCAUCAUGUAUAUCUGGCACAAGUACGCCAGCACGACUCGAAUGUCCCACUCUGCGCUGACCGCACAAGCGUGGUCGUUCUUGCCGGGGGGCAAUUACAUCGCGUAUAACAUGCCAGGUGGUAUCCAUAUUCAGACGUGGAUUCUGCUCUUUGUCAACAUGGCAGUUGUCCAGGGAUUUUUGACACUCGGGCUGCAUUGCUCGGAGCUCAUCGCGAAUGUUAUUCGAGAUGAAAGUCAGUGGAGAUGCGCUACCGGAAGAAAGGGACUUAGAAUGACGACAAAUCCCCUGAAGUCAAUUUUCGGUCAUCCAAUCUGUCUCGUACUUUUCGUCGCGAAGCCUUUCCUCCACUGGAUGUUUGGGCUUUCGUUCAGUGUAUCUCGCAGCGCCUUUGACGGGGAAAUAGGGGAGAUGUCGGUAUUCAUGUACACUGCCCAGAUCUGGAACUUAUCUAUAGCGCUGGCUGUGUUCGCAUGUUUCUUCACUUUUGUCGCACUGCGCCGACCGCGGGGCCACCAGCCAGCUGCAUAUGGCCACCUCCAGACACUCGCGAACCUCGUGGAUGAGUGGUCGCCUGUGAUGUGGUGGGGACACAAGGAGGACUGGAUUCCGUACUGUCAUGCUGGUAGGGCACUUAUAUGAUGAUGAUGAUGCUGCAUUGACAUUUUUUAACAGGGACGAGUGAUCACCCGCUGCCGGAUGUGAAGGUGGACUGCGUCUAUGCUGGUACGCAUGCGUCAGAGAAUAUGCUUUAACCUCCAACCAUGAGCCUGAGCUUCAUCAUGAAUCCUGUACCACCUUUGUCGCUUGCUGCUCUAGAAGUUAUCGAAAAUCUAGCAACCAACUUUACGUUUCGACGAAACAACUUCACCAACAAACUCUCGUACAACUCGAUUUUCUCUCACAUGGAACACAUCAUUAUUCCAUCUCAAAUGUCUUGUAUUCUAACCUGUCGCAAGAUAGACUUCCGAGUGAGACUGGUUUGAGCAUCUAUGUUGAUGCCGGUGCUAAAUCUGCUGAUGAUGAUCUUGUGUCCGAUAAACAUGUGCAUCAAUAUCGUCAAUUCUACGUCGACGUGAACUGGUGCUCUCUA